CCAGGUCUGGCCCUGACAUCUUCUCUUAGAAGCCCUCACAGUUUCGGGGGCCACCCCCGGGCACAGUGUCUUGCCCUGGUCAGAGUGAGUCCUUGUUGCUCCUGCUGAUGGUCAUGUGAGCUGCCGUCGGGUCCUGUCCCACUGUGGCCACCCCCCUGGUAUGCCGGGGGGGGGGUCGCCUGGAUGCUUCUCUCUGCUGUGUCCCUGGCUGGGCCACUACAGGUUCCUAGGAGGCGAGUGCGGACGGUAUGCAAAGUUGUGAAUCCAGUGGCGACAGUGCGGAUGACCCUCUCAGUCGUGGCCUUCGGAGAAGGGGACAGCCUCGCGUGGUGGUGAUUGGCGCUGGCCUGGCUGGCUUGGCUGCAGCCAAAGCGCUUCUGGAGCAGGGCUUCACGGAUGUCACUGUGCUCGAGGCGUCCAGCCGCAUCGGAGGUCGCGUACAGAGCGUGAAACUUGGACACGCCACCUUUGAGCUGGGAGCCACCUGGAUCCAUGGCUCCCACGGGAACCCCAUCUAUCAUCUAGCAGAAGCCAAUGGCCUCCUGGAAGAGACAACCGAUGAGGAGCGCAGUGUGGGCCGCAUCAGCUUCUACUCCAAGAAUGGUGUGGCCUGCUACCUUACCAACCAUGGCCGUAGGAUCCCCAAGGACGUGGUUGAGGAAUUCAGCGAUUUAUACAACGAGGUCUAUAACCUGACACAGGAGUUCUUCCGGCAUGGUAAACCAGUCAAUGCUGAAAGUCAGAACAGUGUGGGAGUGUUCACCCGGGAGGAGGUACGCAACCGCAUAAGGGAUGACCCUGACGACCCAGAGGCCACCAAGCGCCUGAAGCUUGCCAUGAUCCAGCAGUACCUGAAGGUGGAGAGCUGUGAGAGCAGUUCACACAGCAUGGACGAUGUGUCCCUGAGCGCCUUCGGGGAGUGGACGGAGAUCCCUGGAGCCCACCACAUCAUCCCCUCUGGCUUCCUGCGGGUUGUGGAGCUGCUGGCAGAGGGCAUCCCAGCUCACGUCAUCCAGCUGGGGAAGCCUGUCCGUUGCAUCCACUGGGACCAGGCUUCAGCCCGCCACCGGGGUCCUGAGAUUGAGCCCCGGGAAGAGGGCAACCAUAAUCACGAUACUGGGGAGGGCGGCCAGGGUAGAGAGGAGUCCAGGGGGCAGAGGUGGAACGAGGACGGGCAGUGGCCAGUGGUGGUGGAGUGCGAGGACUGCGAGGUGAUCCCCGCAGACCACGUGAUCGUGACCGUCUCGCUGGGUGUGCUCAAACGUCAGUACACCAACUUCUUCCGCCCAGGCCUGCCCACGGAGAAGGUGGCUGCCAUCCACCGCCUGGGCAUCGGCACCACCGACAAGAUCUUUCUCGAGUUUGAGGAGCCCUUCUGGGGCCCCGAGUGCAACAGCCUGCAGUUCGUUUGGGAGGACGAGGCUGAGAGCCGCACUCUCACCUACCCGCCCGAGCUCUGGUACCGCAAGAUCUGCGGCUUCGAUGUCCUCUACCCGCCCGAGCGCUAUGGCCACGUGCUGAGUGGCUGGAUCUGCGGGGAGGAGGCCCUCGUCAUGGAGAAGUGCGACGACGAGGCAGUGGCCGAGAUCUGCACGGAGAUGCUGCGCCAGUUCACAGGGAACCCCAACAUUCCAAAACCUCGGCGUAUCCUACGCUCAUCUUGGGGCAGCAACCCCUAUUUCCGAGGCUCCUAUUCAUACACGCAAGUGGGCUCCAGCGGGGCAGACGUGGAGAAGCUGGCCAAGCCCCUGCCCUACACGGAGAGCUCUAAGACGGCGCAUGGAAGCUCCACAAUGCAACAGCUUGGUCACCUUUUAUCUUCCAAGUGCCCAGAAGAGUCCCUGGACCUUAACAGGGGCUCCAGAAAGCCCAUGCAGGUGCUGUUCUCAGGUGAGGCCACCCACCGCAAGUACUACUCCACUACCCAUGGUGCUCUGCUCUCAGGUCAGCGGGAGGCUGCCCGGCUCAUCGAGAUGUACCGAGACCUCUUCCAGCAGGGGACCUGAGGGCUGUCCUCACUGCCAAGCGUGUUCCUUAAAGAACCACUAACUUGUGACUGCCCAUCCCUGACCCUCGCUGCCUGUGCUCCUAACUUCCCCACCCUCUGUAGAAUGGAUUUUUUUGGUGUUCUUUCUUUUCCUUUUGGAAUGGAUUUUCAUUUUUUGUAGAACUAGACACCCGACUGGCUUCAAAUCCGGUCCUGUAGCUUUUCCUUUCCUCCAUGCCAGGCGGGGGAUUUACCUCUGUGUUCGUACCCCCAAUGACCUCCCGUGCCUCCCCUCCUCUCCUGCCUUGGUAUUGUAAGUGCCUUCAAUAAUUUACAUUUUUGGAUAAUAAAAGAGGCUACCUUCCCCUUGCUCCUCA